AUGAUGAAAUGUGCAAUGGUUGUUAUAUGGGACAUUUUACAAGGUUCAGGAAUUGAUGAUUUAAUUGGUGAAUUAUAUAAGGGUGCUACACACCGAGCUGUUUUAGCAGUUGCUAAUUUCAAUAAAUCAUUAAGAACUAUUAAGUUGUUAUAUACUGCUUUAAGUAUUAUUAUAAAUAAUGAAUUUAUUUUAACAUUGCCAGUAGAAAUCCUCGAUGAAAUGGAAGGAUGUAUGAAUAAGAUACCAACAGACUUAAAUAAUCCUGAACAAAGUAGAAAAUGGUGA